AUGGUUUAUACCUAUAUCAAAAACAAAUUUGCUGAAUAUCAAAAUAAUCCAAACCUUAAAAAACAUAUUAUAGUUAAUUUUACUUUAAUAGCUCUCACUUUGAUUUUGGUUUGGGUGUUUUAAAUUGAGGAAUUGUAAGAAGACAAAAAUCUUAAUUAGGUUUAAAGUGAAGAUUCUUUAUUCCAGAAUUUUCUUAAAAUAUUAGACUACUUAUUAGAUUAUUUGCUUUACUUUUUGUUGUUUUUAGAAAUUAUUGCUUUGAUGGUUUAAAUAAAAUUUAUAAUAUCAGAUAAAGAAAAAUAAGAAAAUCCCUUAACUCUUCCAAUUUUAUAGAGUUUAUCAGAAAAAUCUUUCAAAAGCUCUAAUUAUGCUUUCCAAAGCGUAAAUUAAGGCAAAAAUGAAAUGGAAAUGCAAGACAUCUAAAAAUUAAAAACCUAAGAAACUAAAUCUAUUCCAAUCCCUCCAAAUUAGGAAUUAAUUGAAAAUCCUGAAUAAAAAACAAGUUAAGAAGCUGCUUAAUCAAACACAAAACUCAAUUCUAGCAACUCGAUUCCCAAAAUACCCUUACUACCUGAUUUCUAAACUUCUUAAAUAAAUUAAGUUCUACCAGCUCCUUAUAGUGUUACAGAAAAUCAAUUAAAAUAAAUUGAAAAUAGUGAUAAUGUUAAAUCAGAACAAAUUAUAUAUUCAAAAUUAUUAGGCAGAGCUUAAUAAUUAAAAAAUGGAAAUUAUGUAAAUAUUUACAUUAUUUAAAAAUGCGAAAAAUAGUCUACUUGCAAUUUUUUUUGGAUUUCACAAAAAAAAAGUACAGACUAUAUCUGCUUAAAUUGUGAUUAAGAAAAUAAAAUUUUAGGAAAAAUUGUUUAGUUUAAUAAGGAGAAUAAUUAAUAAAAUAAAUAAAAUUAGCCUAUUUAGUUUUUGCUUUCAAAUAAAUUUGAAAACUAACUUUUAGAAAUAUGUAAAAUAUACAAAGAUGAAUUAAAAUUUUGCUAUAACUUUGAGAUUUGUGGAUUUUUUUGGUUUUAAAAUUCCUUAGAUUUAGAUGAUCAAUAUUAAUAUUAUUGUCCAAUAUGCAUGCAUAUUUAUUAGAUUGAACAUUAAUAAAAAUACUCUAAUUUUAAAGUAGUAACUAGCAAAUGUUCUUAUUGCAAAUAAGUAGCAUCUGAAUAUUUUUAACCUAAUUGCUUUCAUCCUUAUCAUUUUGAAUGCUUAAAAGAAAUAGCAUAAAUUAAAAAUUAAACAAAAAUUCUUUGUGUAUUUUGUAAUGUUAAUAUAACCAAUUGUCUAAAAUAAAAUAAAUUACUAACUAAAGAAGAUUUUGAAAAAAUACUUUCUAAUCAAAUUCAAAUAAUUAAAUAAGGAUAUAUGCAUGAAGGAAUUGAGGAUUUAGAAUGA